AUUCGUUUAAAAUUUUGCACGUGACUAUUGCCAUUGUGUUUAUGAUUCGACGCUUUCAUAUUCAAGUCGAUUCUUUGUUCUUUUGUAAUUAAAAAAUUCACAAUAUCUCCUAAAAUUAGUAUUAAAAAAACAAGGAAAUUAUUCCACAUGCAAAUUUUAAGAAACAAGGUGGGUGACCAUGCACAUAUUUAUUAUCUAGUACCAUUACAUUACAUGAUAUAAAAAAAAUUCCGUCAUGUUUCUUUUUAUCUUCACAUCAAUCUGCUCGCAAUAUUUUUUUAUCAACCAGAUAAGGCGAUUUAAACGCUUAACUUAUUCUUCAUUAUUCGGACCUGCGGGUUGGCGAUGAUACAAUGCCCCAAGGUGGUUUCAUAACCUCCGAUCGCUUUAGUAACCCGCCUGAGUAUCCCGAAAUAGUAUCAGACAUUUUUCUGACUAGCGAAAACCCUUUGCAUAUCGAAUCCACUGAGUAUUCAACGUUGGAAGAGGAACGCAUCCCUCUCAUAGAAUCUCCUCAAAUGACCAAACAAUCAAACGACAGGCAUUGCCUACUACCGCCUAACCCUAGUCCCCCUCUUAUCGUUCCACCCCUCGCAUCGACCGCUGCAUCCACCCCCAUCGAAAAUCCGGCCACAAAAUCAUUAAACUCUUCACUGGAUCACAUACAUUCCUUACCAUUUUUCGACCCCACGACUAACUCUCUCAUGAAUAUUCCAAAUUUACCGUUUAACCCUAACGGGCCCAUCAACGUUCCCGCGAUGAACCCUCCAGCUCAUCAUCUCUCGGCCCGUCUUUUAUAUGCUCCGCCAAGUCCGGGCAGCUCGGUACACUUUUACAUCGGAACCAACCCCCACGGCAGUCUGGCCAGUAUGGUGACCGUUAAUGGACAAUAUCCGCCCAACUACGCCAGCUAUAUGAACUACGCUCCUUUUUAUUUUCAGCCCGUGCUGCUCAAAGACCGUUAUCCGCAUUAUUACAGGCAGCAUUUCGGCAGCAAAUUUGGCUCCGACGACGGGUACCUCUCCAAAGACGGUAAAGACGCCAAUAAUGGUCUUUCCUUCGUGGUUUCGGAGUCAGGCGGCCUUGUGCUUUGCAGGAUUUGUCAAACCCCGGGAACCGAAAGAAGUCUCAUAUCACCUUGUAAAUGUGCGGGAUCGGUGCGCUAUGUCCAUAAAUACUGUUUAACGAAAUGGUUGGAGAUCAAUCCUAACAGAAACCGGAAAUCUCAGAUUUGCGAAUUGUGUCAAUACACUUACCACCGGAAGAAGAAAUUUAAAUUCAAGGACUGGAAAUGGCCACAGUGCUCUACUCGCGACAAACUAUUCCAUCUUUUAUUUGUGAUAUCCGUCAUAGUUAUGAUCGGUUGUGCCACCGCAUUUAUCAUUUGCUUCAAAAAGGACAAGGGCUUAAGGAAAAACGAAGAGCUCGAACUAAACGAGGGAGAGAUAGUCACCCUAUCUUGCGGCGUCCUAUUUUUCUUGUCCUUUUUCAUGGGCAUGUACGCCGAAAUUAAGGCACGUAACCCGAUAUACAAAAUCUGUUCUCAGACUCUGAGCCUUAAUCAAAGUUGGAUCAUCGAUGAUUACUACGGCGAUUUUAACCACAAAAAUCCUUUGAGUCGUCCGCUUAAUGAUAGAGGGGGCGGUUAUUACGACGAGAAUGGCAUGGAUAGAAGGGACGAUGGAUUUAGGUCCAACAAUGGCGCUGUCGAAGGAAACAAGAGAGAUCGAGGGGGAACUAAGAGGCUUUUUUCGACCCUAUUUAAAUCUGGAGUUAAUUCCGCUAGCGUACGCAGACCUAAUCCUAGACGACUAACUAAUAGGCGGAAAACGGAGGGGGAGACCACACCCUUACCUUCCACCCCAGACUCCCUUUUUAACCAAAAUUUGAUUAUCCCCAAUAACCUUGUAAGUAUAUCGUCAAAUAUCAACCCAAGCUCUAGGGUAGAUAUCCUACCCACCAUCAAAGAAAUCAUAAUUUCUUCAGCUUCUGCCCAAACAACCAUUUUAAACCAAUGCGUCACAAAUUCUACCCCAAACCUAAAUAGGAAUAACAAUGUACAAAAUAAUGAUACCUCAAAUAUUUCCAAUGUCCAUUGUCCAUCCUCGCAACAUCUUCCAUUUAUAAUAUGUACCGAUCACUCAAAUCAGAACGUUAAUUCGGCCAGUAACCAACCUACGUUGAUUGGCCCUUAUACCAACAUAUCGAGGCCCAGGCACAGGACUAUUAGUGAAGAUCAGGCCAUGUUUUAUUCUGACUCCGGGCUAGCCCACGUUAAAAGGCAUUUUUCGUUACCCGUUAAUAACUAUUAUCCACCCUUACCCCCGCCCUUUACUUUUCUUGCACGUAAUUUAGAUAAGGAUCAAAUAUCGAAAGCGGUAGGGAAUCGUUAAUAUAUAAAUUUUAUAAUAUUACAAAAAAUACCAUCUUGGACACCUGCACUAAACGAUGUUCGCACCUAAAUUUUAUUAUCAUAAAA